AUGGCCGACACUCUGGACGCCGUCCUCGCCAAGUACACCGCCUCCGCCAACGCCACAAAAGACAAGCUGCUAGGCGCCUCCUUCAUCGUCAUCAAUAGAGAUGCAGGCCGCAUUGACUUCCCAACUGAGGCGCGCCCCUGGGCCCUCAACACGUUCACCUACGUCGCAUCACUCACCAAGGCCAUCACUUCCACCGCCGUCAUGCAGCUCGUCGAGCAAGGCCGCCUACGUCUCGACGACGACAUGCGCAAGAUCGUGCCUGAGCUAGGAGACAUGCAGAUCCUCCGCGGCUUCGACGAGAACGAGAAGCCUAUUCUGGAGGACAACACCACGCCCAUCACACUCAGGAUGCUCCUAACCCAUACCGUCGGCUUGGGCUACGACCUCAUGCCAGAUCUCCUUAAAUGGUCCAAAUCCAUAGGACGCACCGUGACAAACCUCUCGGGCACACUCGAAGGCUUCAAAACGCCCCUAUUCUUCGUCCCAGGAGAAGGAUGGUAUUACGGCACGGCCACCGACUGGGCAGGUCAAGCCCUGGAGCGCGUCACGGGGACCAGUCUCAGCGCCUACCUCACCGAACAUAUCUUUGAUCUACUCGGUAUGAAGGACACGGGCUUCUGGCCAGAUAAGAUGCCCCACGUCGCCGAGCGGACCGCCGCAUUCCAGAUCCGCGGCAGCGACGGAUCGUCUCUUAGUCUGGGGUCUAGUCCUCGCAACGUCAGUCCCAACGCAAUUGACAGCGGCGGCGCGGGUCUAUGGACCACCGCCAAAGACUACAGCCUCUUCCUAUCCGCGCUGCUGAAUAACACGCUCGUGAAGAAGGAGACGGCAGACGAGAUGUUCCGGCCGCAGCUUGACGAGCGACAGGCGAGACAAUUCGAGAAGCUCACGGCUGAAUGGGGCGGGUCGCUGGCGGUGGAGUUUGAGCUGGAUAUGGAGCUGAAUCACGGACUGGUUGGGUGUAUCAACAUGCGUGACGUGCCGGGGAAGCGCAAGAAGGGGAGUCUGCAGUGGAGCGGCAUGUGUAACAGUCAUUGGUGGCUGGAUCGGGAGACGGGCGUUGCCGGGGUGCUUCUUGUUCAAUCCCAGCCUCAUGCCGAUCCAGUUGUGACGAGGUUGUAUGAUGAUUUGGAGCGAGCUGUCUACGGCGAGCUUCUUAGAACAUCGUAG